ACAGGCUUUGCAGUUUUAUGAUUUGCCAUUGUUUUAAAAAAAAAUGAGUAAAGAGGGUAAGAAGUCUCAGAAACCUGACAACACUGCCUUUACUCAGCAGAGGCUUCCAGCCUGGCAGCCAGUGUUAUCGGCCGGCAUUGUUAUCCCUCUCUUUUUCUUCAUAGGAUUGGCAUUUAUUGCAAUUGGACUUGGAUUGUACUUUUCUUCAGAGAGCAUUACUGAAAUAGAGCUGGAUUACACUGGUGAUAACGCUUCUUUCUCGUGUUCAAACUGCUACAAUAAGUGCAGCGGUAUUAAUGGCUCUGUUGACAAGAAUUACAGUUGCUGUUCCUGUGCAGUUGACUUCAAUGUCAGCAGCUUUAUUAAGGGUCCUAUCUACAUGUACUACGGGCUGUAUGGUUUCUACCAAAAUCAUCAAAAAUAUAUGGCAUCUCGCGAUGACAAGCAGCUAUAUGGAGAUUCUUCAUCUUUACUGAAUCCUGAUACCGUUUGUAAGCCUUAUCAUAAUGUGAGUAAUAUUCCUAUUGCACCCUGUGGAUCCAUUGCAAACAGUCUCUUCAACGAUUCUUUUCAACUUUUUUAUUUAACAAAUGGAUCAGAAGUUUCACUUAGCACCCGAGGAAUUGCCUGGUGGACAGAUCACAAUGUUAAGUUUAAGAAUCCAAGUACAUUUAAUGAUUUUCCAGUAGGAAGUUUUCAAGGCAGAAAACUGGUGAUAUUCAGCAGUGUGUCCUGGAUGGGUGGCAAAAACCUUUUUUUGGGGAUUGCUUAUCUUGCAUUUGGUGCUGUCUGCUUUGCUACGGCAGUUUUUCUGUGCAUUAUUUAUAUAAAAUAUCGGACUAAAUGAGAGUUUGCAAAGAUAUAGUUCCAUGUGCACUUUGGAGUGAUUUCACUACUUGAACAUUUUCUUCUUGAUUAUCUACUAAGGUUGAUUUAUUUCUUUCCUUCACAUAGUGUCCUGCUCAUGUAGAUGUGUGCACAUGUGCUGGCAUCCACAGCCUUUUGAUGUCGUUUUUGUACCAUCGCAGAUUAAUGAGCCAUUGUCAGUAGUGUGGAUAUUUUGAAGUUUACAGCAUUUUAAGGAAAACGUAUAUAUAAAAUUGUUCAUCGCUAUUGUUUUAAAAUCCAUUUCUGACAAUUACGUUGUAAAACAAGAUCUCCUCUCAGGUUCUUUUAUAUGAUUGUUUCUUUGUCUUGUAAUUAUCAUAAGAUGACAGGAUAACCAGAAUUUCUACAAAUACUGAUGUAGCUUGCAUGACAUUCAGAGGGGAAUUAGCUGAUAUUGAUUUUUGUACAAAAUAAUCAACAACUAAAGUUAAAAAGUACAAGGAAAAUGGACAUAAAUUGAUGUUUUAUUAUGGCCAUUUUCACUAAAAGCCUUAAAUAUAUUUCUAAUUUUAUUUGCCAGUCAGUCUAAAAUAUUUAUUUUCCACUUGACAAGUGGAAAAGAACUUUGGUGAUAAUUUUUGUUUACAUAGCUUUAAGGUAUGUUAAGUCAUUGAUUGCUGCUUUCUGUUUGUUUGCUGUUUUAUAAAUGAUUGUGGAAAUAAAUGUUGAUUUACAAGA